AUGCCCGAUCUUGCCAUCAAAGCACCAUCUCCCGAGUCCCAAGCCGAGUGGCUUCGAAUCUCACACGUCGACAGCCUCGGGCACGAGGACGCAACUGUCGGCUCGGGACGUGCUUCAAUACUUGGUGCGGGAUACUGCGUGCGCGCCGCAUCUCGGCAGACGACGAUGCGUGGCCCGGACCAGUCUCGUCGACCGUCUGAGGACUCGUUGCCGUUGCGCACAAUGCUUGUUGCCGUGCUACUGUCCGGGCUGCUUGGGCACGCCACCACCCCGUCGCCCAGCGCCGUCUCUCUCGGCGGCCCGGUCCACGCCCGCGGCGGUUCGGCGCGAGCACACUUGCGACCCGGGGUCCGCGUCAGUGGGAUUUACCACAUGUACAACGGCGCCGGCCCGCCGAGCGUGAUCCACCGGGCCGGCAUGUUCCACCUGAUCUUGAUUCUUCAGUGUUCGCACUCGCUGACCUUUCUCGACCCCGACCAUGCCGCGCGCCACAGCUGCCCGCAGCUCAGCGUUUGGGGCCCGUGGUCAGAGGGGCCGGGCAUCGUCUCCGGCAGCAGCGAGUGUGGCCGAGUUCCCGCCGACAUUAUCCGGUCCACCGCGGGACAGCCGCCGCGGGAACUCGCCGCGCGCGAGGGCUACCGGCUGCAGGUCCCGGGCCUACCUGGGGCUUUUGCCCUGACAACAACACCCUCUGGCCCGUCGGCUGCCUCAAUAUUUUCGCUGGCAACCACUCCAAGAUCACAAUGCUGA